AUAAAGACGCUUCCUUACGUCACUUCCUGUUUAAACAUGGCUGCGCCCUGGUAAAUGUCACAUCUGCUGAAAUCACGCAGUUAAAUUUCGGAUUUUUUCUUACUGAACGGCCUGAAACGACAAGAGGCCGGAUCUGAGAAGUGGUAUUUGUUUCAUUUAACGUGUACAGAGGAUAUUUGAGCAGAAACUAUGGUGCAUUUAUCAUCUCUCCUCCUGAAGACGUACCGCGGAGGUUUUGUUGUCAUCCGGCUCGCUCUCGCGGGUCACAAACAAGCCAACAGACCUUUUUACCGCAUCGUGGCUGCGUACAACAAAAGAGCGAGAGACGGCAAAUACAUCGAGCAGCUGGGGACGUAUGACCCACUCCCUAACAUCUACAACGAGAAGCUCAUCAGCUUCAACUUCGACCGGAUCAAGUACUGGAUCGGUUGUGGCGCUCACCCAACAAAACCAGUGGCCAAACUUCUGGGGUUGUCAGGAUUUUUCCCGCUGCACCCCAUGACGAUAACAGAGGCAGAGCGUCGCAGAGCGAAAAUGGAGAAAACCGAAGCUGCAAAACCUGAGGAAUCUCCAGAGGAGGGACAGAAGGAGGUGGAAGUGUGACAACUAAAACUUAGGACUGACUAGUUAAAAAGAAAGCUUUGUGUUUAUGACUGGGAAUUCCAUCAGAAGCAACCAUUAUUCUUUGUGUUCUUUGGGGUUAAGUUGCAGAUCAUUGCUGAUUUUUUACCUCUUUUUUUGAAAGACUUUCCAGUAACACACCUUUUUUUUUUGCAAUUGACUCCUAACCUUAAAAUCCACUCCUGUGUUUUUUCAUUGGUUUUCUGUAAAGUCAAUAGUGAACAUCAGCAUGAUCAAACACAAAUAAAGGAGUAAGACAAAUG